CCCCGCCCCCGGCCCUCCCCCCCCUGUGUGCGCAGGCGCGGCGACAGCGGCGGCUGACAGUUGGCGGCGGCGGGCGGCCAUGAACUUCCUGCGAGGAGUAAUGGGCGGCCAGAGCGCCGGCCCGCAGCGCAGCGGCGCCGAGACCGUUCAGAAACUAUGUGACAGAGUAGCUUCCGCUACGCUGCUGGAGGACCGCAGGGAUGCUGUGAGAGCACUCAAAUCACUGUCAAAGAAAUAUCGUCUAGAAGUGGGCAGUCAGGCUAUGGAACACCUCAUCAAUGUGCUGCAAAUGGACCGCUCAGACUCUGAAAUAAUUGGCUAUACAUUGGAUACUCUUUACAACCUGAUAUCCAAUGAUGUUGAAGAGGAAGAACCAGAGGAGAAUGUUCAUAAGCCCAGUUCUGAAGAUCUUGCAGUACAGUACACAGAGAUCUUUAUCAAGCAACCGGAAAACCUAACCUUGCUGUUAUCGUUGUUAGAGGAGUUUGAUUUUCACGUCCGUUGGCCUGCUGUGAAGCUCCUAACUGCACUUUUAAAAAAUCUCGGGCCACAAGUUCAACAGAUUAUUCUUGUCAGUCCAAUGGGUGUGUCCAGGAUGAUGGAUUUGCUUGCAGACUCCAGGGAAGUGAUUCGCAAUGAUGGGCUUUUGCUACUGCAACAAUUAACAAAAGGCAAUGCAGCCAUUCAGAAGAUUGUAGCAUUUGAAAGUGCCUUUGAACGACUGCUGGAUAUUAUCACUGAAGAAGGAAUGAGUGAUGGAGGUAUCGUGGUUGAAGAUUGUCUUUUACUGCUCGUUAACCUAAUGAAGAACAACAGUUCAAAUCAGAAUUUUUUCAAAGAGGGUUCGUACAUUCAGCGCAUGAAAACUUGGUUUGAGGUAGCCGAAGAGAAUUUAAACUGGUCUGCACAGAAGGUGACAAAUCUUCAUCUGAUGCUGCAGCUGGUGAGAGUGCUGGUGUCUCCAGUGAAUCCCCCUGGAGCUACAAGCACUUGUCAGAAGUCGGCAUUCCAGUGCGGCUUGUUGCAACAGUUGUGCACCAUCUUGAUGGCAACAGGAGUUCCUGCUGAUAUUCUCACUGAGACCAUUAACACAGUAUCUGAGGUUAUCCGAGGUUCCCAGGUAAACCAGGAUUACUUUGCUUCAGUGAAUGCACCUUCCAAUCCACCAAGACCUGCAAUUGUGGUACUUCUGAUGUCCAUGGUCAAUGAGAGGCAGCCGUUUGUUCUGCGCUGCGCUGUGCUCUACUGUUUCCAGUGCUUCUUGUACAAAAACCAGAGAGGCCAAGCAGAGAUUGUGGCCACACUUCUGCCAACAACCAUUGAUGCCAAUUCCAUCUCAGCUGGCCAGCUGCUGUGUGGAGGCCUCUUCUCUGCAGAUUCCCUCUCAAAUUGGUGUGCUGCCGUAGCACUAGCACAUGCUCUGCAGGACAACUCGGUCCAGAAGGAACAGCUGCUCAGGGUUCAGUUGGCCACCAGCCUUGGGAAUCCACCUGUGUCCCUGCUCCAACAGUGCACCAAUAUUCUCUCGCAGGGAGUUAAGAUCAACAGACGGGGAAGCAACGUACAGACACGGGUUGGAUUGCUGAUGUUGCUGUCCACCUGGAUGACAGACUGUCCUAUCGCCGUCACUCAUUUCUUGCACAACCAGACCAACGUCCCAUUUCUAACUGCACAGAUAUCUGAGAACCUUGGAGAGGAGGAGCAGCUUGUGCAAGGCCUCUGCGCCCUUUUAUUGGGUAUCUGUAUUUAUGACAAUGAAAACUCACUGGAGAACUACACUAAGGAGAAACUAAAACAACUAAUAGAGAAGAGGAUUGGAAAAGAGAUUUUCAUUGAGAAGUUGGCUUACAUCAGUAAACACGAGCUGUACUCUCGAGCUGGCCAGAAACCACAGCCCAGCUACUCCAUUCCGGAGCAAAUGCUGCUUGACCACGAAUUCACAAAACUAGUUAAAGAACUGGAAGUCCUGAUAAUAAAAGCUGUUCAGAAAUCCAGUGAGGAUGAGAAGAAGGAAGAGGAAGUGAAAAAGUCUCUGGAACAACAUGACAGUAUUGUCAGUCAAUACAAGGAGCUUAUUCGUGAACAGGACAUGCAGCUGAAUGAGUUAAAGAAACAAGUAACUGCCUUGACCACUCAGAAUGAACAGAGCCAAACUACGAUAACGCAACAGGCAGCACAGAUUCAGCAACUAAAGGACCAAUACAAUCUUCUCAAAAUACAAGGUAAACCCGUUGACAGCCAUCAUCACAUGCACAAUGAAGCGGCAGAGAUCAAUGGCAUCCAACCCAAGGCUGACAUGGAAGAAAUUGGAAGAUUACAGGAAGAGCUGGAACAAUUGAAGAAGCAACAUGGUAUAUUAGAAGGGCAGCUGGCUGAAAAGGACUUAAUCAUUGACAAAAUGCAGAUGAGCCAGAUAUCAGGAAACAAAGAUACAGACGAUUGUACAGAUAAUAGUGGGGAGCCAACGGCUGCACCACACAAGGAACUGGAAACCUUGCGGACUCUAGUACAGACACAGGCUGCCGAAAUCAGCCAGCUUCAGGCCAAGAAGCAAGAGCUGGAGAAUCAGCCUGCAGCCAUGACUGGGCUGGGUUCAGGAGAUGUUGACAGUGAUUCUUCGUUAAGAAGGAUUACACAGCUGGAAAGCAGAGUAUCAGCAUUGGAUGAUGAAAAUCAAAAGUUAAAGGGCCAAGUGAAGGUGUUGACUGAGGAGAAGGAUUCUCUGGAUCAGCAGAUGACCAGGACAAACAACACGGUGGUCAUUCUUCAGACUGACAAGAGCAGGCUCCAGCAAGAGGUGGUGGAGUCGAAGAAGGAGCAGGACGACCUGCUGGUGCUGCUUGCCGACCAGGACCAGAAGAUCUUCUCCCUGAAAAACAAGCUGAAGGAACUUGGUGAAGCGAUUGAAGAUGAAGACGACAUGGAGUCUGGCGACCAGGAUGAUGAUGACUAUGACGAAGAUGAACCCAACUAGUUAUAUCUGACUUGCACGCAGACAAAGUAGGGAAAUAGAAUGGAAAGAGGGUCAAAGCUUCGAAUAUCACAAUGAGUAAAAGUAGAAGCUGGGUUAACCACGUUUGGGGUUUUUGAAAGGGGUUUUGAAAUAUCUGUUCAUUGUAUCUACCCAUUACAGAAGUUUUCUCAUCAGGUAGGGCAGAAGCUUUUAAUUCUUAAAGUAUUAAAAUUUUAACAAAGCAUUUAUUUUUCUCCAUUUAAGGGAAAGAAAUAGAUAGCUUCCUCCCCCCAGCCAUCGGUAUAGUCAACAGAGAUUCGCUCUUGUUCUCGUUUAACCUGCACCAUUAUGGAACUGUAAACUUAAUCAUGUGUUUCUACAGGAUGUGUUGUUAUGGGAGGUUGUUGACUUCACUGCAAACUCGGGAGGGGUGAAAUGUUCGAUGCCAGGCCAGGAAUUGGGGCAAUAAGAUGCUCUACAUUGCGAUGGCAGCAUGAGAACUUGCAGUUCUAUCCAUUCACAUGGCGUCGUGCCCAUCUAGUGCGAGCGGUUUGCUGCAGGGGAGUAGCGUGGAGCAUCUGUCUUGCCUGCCUAUGCAUUGUUGGCAGUGGGUGAGGGGGCAUUGCAUCCACACUUUUGUAUCUGCAGCAACACCAAAGUUGGACCGGCUCUGUGACUGAGGUCACACGCUGAGAAGGUUGUAUCUGAGAUCGUCCCCUCCCUGCCUCGUGACCCUCUGUCAUUGUGCCUUCACUUAGCUCUAAGCUCGGGUCCGUCCCUCCAAAUCGAAACUUGUUGUCAAGUUAACAGCGGCACAACAUGGGAACAGUUUGGUAUUAACUGAUAUUUGAGUGUCACUCUGGUUAAUGUCAAUUUAUUAUUUGUAGACAAAACUGCAAGCAAAGACUUAUUUCUGAAUCUGUUCGCUGCAUUGAUGAGAGACAUGAUCUGUAUGAUUUAUGUAAUUUAUUGGCUGUUGGGCCAAAUUGGAAUAAAAUGAGAUAGCACACUU